CUCUCUUUGUUCACCUCUCUCUCAGAUCUCUAUUUUCUCCACCCCUCUCUCUCUCUCUCUCUCUCUCUCUCCAUUUCUCUUUUAGGGUUUCGUUCUACUUCUCAAUGGAAAAUCCAGAGGAAUCGAGCCCCCUAAUCCCAAGGCACUCAGCUGCAGACGAAGAUGAGAAGAGAGCCACCAAGCCAACUCCUCCUCCUCCUCCGCCUGCUGCGGCGGCGGAAAAGCAUUCUCCGCAGGCAGCUUCCGGCAACCCCUAUUGGACGGCCGAUGGAUUGCCGCUAGGGCACGGCAGCGUCAUGGGCGAACCUAUGCGUCGGGCUCAGUGGGACUCCAGUCUCUUCGCUUGUCUCGGUCGCAAUGAUGAGUUCUGCAGCAGCGAUCUUGAAGUUUGCCUCCUUGGAAGUGUGGCCCCAUGUGUGCUUUAUGGAAGCAAUGUGGAGAGACUUGGCGCUGGUCCUGGGACUUUUGCAAAUCAUUGCCUGCCUUACUCUGGUCUAUUCUUGAUUGGCAAUUCUAUUUUUGGCUCUAACUGCUUGGCACCAUGGUUUUCAUAUCCUAGCCGUACAGCCAUCCGCCGGAAGUUCAACUUGGAGGGCACCUGCGAGGCACUUGCCAGGUCAUGUGGAUGCUGCGGAAAUUUCUUGGAUGAUGAGGUGUACCGUGAGCAAUGUGAGUCAGCUUGUGACUUUGCAACUCAUAUCUUCUGCCAUGCAUGUGCACUUUGCCAGGAAGGUCGUGAGCUCCGUCGUAGGCUUCCUCAUCCUGGGUUUAAUGCCCAACCCGUCAUGCUUAUGUACCCCCCUGGAGAGCAGGCCAUGGGUCGUCGUGGGGCCUGAGAAAGAGGGAGACAGAGUAUUCUACCUCAACAUGACAGAUUGAGCUUGCCUAAUAUCACUAUAUGAUAUGAUAUGAUAUUUUCUUCUCAAAUUGCAAUUUCAUCGUUAAACUGUGCUUGAAAUAUGGUGUUAUAUGUAAAAAUAAGUUGCCAUGAUAUUAUUAUGUAUUUUUUUUGUGGUUUAUUAUGUAAAUAGUAAUUGUCCUCCUUGUGUAUGUGUACAUGAUGUCUGAGGAUAUGCCUUUUUGUAUGUGUACACUGAAUAGCAUGGAAUGCAAAAUAAAAGCUUAUAAUCUUUUCUCU